AUGCGGCUGCUGAGAUGCACAUGAAAACAGCUGUGUAAAUAUAUCUCUCUCUCUGGCUCCCAGGCUGGUUCAGACAUGUGUUGAUGCAUCCGGAGUAUGUGGACCGCUCGGCCCUCGGCACUGACACCGUUUGUGAUCCCCCUUGGGGGGGUAUGAGAGUCUUGCAUAGAGUUUCCCCCCAAUGCCCUCAGCUUUAUUAAUACACACAAAGUUUACCUCUGUUUUGCUGGAGACGGACACACUGCAGAGCUCCUUAAAGUAAACAGAAAACUGCUUUGGUGUCUGGACUGUCCUCUCCAUACAAAAAAUUGAGGGAAACAUGACAUCUGAGGACUCACACGUGGGACCCGUUGACAGCAGCCGUGCUGACUGCGACACAGAGACAAUCCCUCCCCUGGACGAGCGCGCACCACAUCCCUCCCCACCGACGGGUGAGACGGUCAUGGACCACCUGGGGCGGCUUUUCGACCACCGCGUCCAGCAAGUGUCCCGCCUGGAGACGCAGAGGAACGAGCUGACACAGGAGCUCCUCCGCCUGCGGGAGCCCUUCCACAGAGUCGUGGGGCACCUGAGGGGGAAGCUGGUGGAGACCCACAGGCUGCUCGCGCUGGCUCAACUAGAUCACGUGGCCGUUUCUGAGGACGUGAGGGAGGCGAAGAGGAGACUGUUCGCCGCGGCCAGAGGAUGCAUCCAGAGCCAGGUGACGCUGGCUGAACGCGAGUACGAGGUGGCUCAGUCGGCUGUCACACAGGAGGAGCUCAAGGCCCACAUCCACAGUCUGACCCAGGAGUCGUCCCAGCUCCAGAAGGCCCAGAAGAAGCAGCUUGCGGCGCUGAGGGACCAGGCCUCCAGGCCCCGCAGGCCGAGGGCGGCGAGCGACGUCAGCCACUGCCGGCAGGCUUCUGCCAGGCUGCAGCGGCGGCUCAGCGGCAGCGUGAAGGCCCUGGAGUGCUGGUACGAGCCUCGGCUCAUCUCCCUGCUGAAGAGAAGACAGGUCGGGGAGGAGUCCUUGAGGAAGAGCAGGGAGCAGGCCGUGGACCUGAGGGCCAGCGUGGGGCCCCUGAGGGAGGCCACGCGGGGACUGGAGGUGCAGAGAGCCUGUCUGCAGCAGAGGCUCUCUCUGGUGGAGAGGGAGGGGGAGGAGAGCGCCGCACGGCACAAGGAGACGGUGGAGAAACUAAAGGAGACCCUGAGAGAACUAGAACUGGAGUUUGAGGUUCAAAGAAAGUCAAAGGAAAUUCUGGAGGAGUGUAAUGACGGCAUUUUGAAAGAGCUGACAUUUCUGAGAUGCUGUGAUGAACCCAUCGAAACCACUCAAGAUCAUCCUUAAAAUUGUUUUUUGUAAAUCGUCAUACAAUUUGUAUUGACUGAAUACAUGAUAGAAAUUGAUAUAGGAUUCAGUAUGAAUUAACAUAACAGAAUUUGCUCUUAAAUAUCCUCAAACUUAACAUCUGGCAUACUGUGCAAAGAAGAAAAGCAUCAGAUUUAAUGUAAAUAUUUUAUUAUGAAUUUAUGAAGUAGACAAGAGAUCAAAAGUAGAAGAGAAAAAACACAAUAAAAUACAGGAAAAACACACAAAAGUGACAGACAGAAUCUGGAAAGGUGUAUAAUAUCAAUAUCAAGCAAAUACGAUAACCCUACAAUAUGUACAAUUUUAAUAAAAAUGGAUCAUUGUAGAAAUGUGUUCAGCACAAGUGAACAGGAUGGAAAAAAAGUAAAGCCAUCCAAAAGAAAAACCUGAACGAUGAAGACAUCUGUGAAGAAUUCAUCACAAGCCAGAGUUUAGUACAGGGAGUUCUAUAACUAAUACGAGCUAAAAGUAUGAUCAAUACAGACUAAAUUGAAAUACUUCAGGACAAGAUGACAAAGCAGGUUUUUUUCUUUUAACGUCCUCCAAAAAA